UAUUCUUAGAGGUACAUUGACUCUCGGCCAGUGCAUUAUUAAAUCGGGCCUGUGCAAUGGAUGGAAUUUCUAUUUAUCGAAAUAUAGGUUUAAUCAAAAUCAAUCAAUAAAUCAGUAACGCUUUGAGGAAAGAUGAUGACAGUUUCAGUGACAGCCACUUCCUCAUCUCUCUCGUCGUGCUCUCUCCUUCCUUCAAAAGUUACAGGGCCAAACUGGCGAAUUCAAUGGAAAACAAACGAAAAGAGACGGUUAUCAAGAAAGAUGGCUGUUUCAGGUGUUAUCACAGCAGGAUUUGAGCUGAAGCCUCCUCCAUAUCCUCUUGAUGCUCUGGAACCGCAUAUGAGCCGGGAAACCUUGGAUUAUCAUUGGGGCAAGCAUCACAAAACUUACGUAGAGAACCUGAACAAGCAAAUCGUAGGUACAGAUCUAGAUGGAAUGUCACUGGAGGAGGUUGUGCUUCUUUCAUACAACAAAGGCAAUAUGCUUCCUGCGUUCAAUAACGCCGCACAGGCAUGGAACCAUGAAUUCUUCUGGGAGUCUAUCAAACCUGGUGGUGGAGGAAAGCCAAGUGGAGAACUCCUCAGACUGAUUGAGAGAGAUUUCGGGUCUUUCGAUGAAUUUCUAAAAAUGUUCAAGUCAGCUGCAGCCUCGAACUUUGGUUCGGGUUGGACUUGGCUUGCAUACAAGGCUAAUAGACUUGAUGUUCCAAAUGCCGUAAAUCCGCUCCCAAAGGAGGAAGACAAGAAGCUUGUAAUAGUUAAAACUCCCAACGCAGUAAAUCCACUCGUAUGGGAUUAUUCUCCACUUCUCACCAUUGAUACCUGGGAGCACGCCUACUAUCUGGAUUUUGAGAAUCGAAGAGCUGAAUACAUAAAUACAUAUAUGGAAAAGCUUGUGUCAUGGGAAACUGUGAGCACAAGGCUAGAAUCUGCAAUGGCUCGAGCUACUCAAAGAGAACAAGAAGGAACAGAUACAGAAGAUGAAGAGAUUCCAGAUGAUGAAGAGCCAGAGGUUUACUUAGAUAGUGAUAUUGAUGUAUCUGAGGUUGACUAAAAACCUGAGAAGCAAUAACAUUAGCAUCUGAAUGAAAUGUCAAAUUACAAAGAGUAGAAUUUUUUUUGCUUAUUAAGCCUUGAUCUUUAAAUAAUUUU